AUGCUGCUAAUUGGCACCCAUCUAGCGUGGAACUAUGUGGUACUGAUACUGCUUUACAGCAUCGAUUCAAGUUUUGCAUCACCAACUCAGCAUGUUUUAGAAAAAAGUGAUGUGGCACUCGGCAAUCUUAACGUGACAUUGAAAAAUGUAUAUGAAGGUGUCUUAAGCUUCUUCAGGCCAGUGACAUGCCGUCUCAAAGACAAACAAACCUUAACUCCUUGUCAUGAAGGAAAGGGCCUUAACACAACCGAAUGCUUGAAAAAUAAGUGUUGUCCUUCCAAAACCAGCCAUGAACUGGAAUGUUACAUGCCAUUUAAAGACAAUAUGCAACUGACAUUUCGACUGCUUGUGCUUGCAGCAGGAGGAUUUUUUAUUUUGGGGUGUCUACCACUCUGUUGCUCUGCCUGUUUGCAGAGAAGUCAAUGCAUCAAUCCUUUACGAAAGGCAAACAAGGAAGUAGAGCAAAUUGUGCAGAAGAAAAGAGCACAUAAUGAAGAAGCUUAUGGCCUUUUACUGGAUUGACUGGAAGAAAGGCUCCUAAGGACCAGAAGAAUAAAAAAAGAGUAACAUCCAUCUUGAAGACCUCAAGCAGAAGGACAUCAGGAUUACUUGAGUAUACCCUAGAAAAUGAGAUGUUUUGUUUUAGUAUCAAAGUAAUACAAUGUUGUCAACCCUUGACAGAGCUAUUGAUUUUACAAUAGAAGGUCUUCAUUUCUAGUUCUUCGUGCACAUUCCAUGUCUCCUGUACAAAAAAACCCUAGUAACACUGAAAGGCAAAACUGCUUAUGGCAACUCCUGAAUAAUAAAGCCAGUCUUCUCCUAUUAGUAUAGCAUCCAUGUGGAGGGAUAUCAAGAUACCAGCUAAGUGCCUGUCUCAGUUUAGAGGUCACUGUUAGAAUAUUAUCUGGAUUAAGAGAGCGGUGUUGUGAAUUAAAUUGGUAGCGAGUGGGAAGCUUAUGCUGUUUCAGUAUUAGAUGGCACCAUAGCACAGUAGUGCUACUCUUACUGAGGAGAACGGCUAAUUCUCUACUGGGCUGCAGAGGAUUUGGGAAAUCUGUUCUUGGGCAGUUGCUUUGAAGAUAUGCUUGGACAAAAUACAAAGUGCUUGAGGUAACUCUGGUAGCGUUUCUCUCCGCAGUAUAACACUGCAUCACAGAACUUUCUUUGAUCUUGGGAUGGCCUGUCUCCC